UUCUUGCUCGCGCUUGUGCCCAGUUUCUUACACCGAUAUGUCGUCGAUAUACCUCACAGACCGACUCGUGUCUCUCCUACCGCAUGGCUGGACGGCGCUCGCGGCUGGGCAGCCUUCUUCGUGUUUCUUCGACACUUCGAGUUUUGCUAUCACAGAAAAGGAUCCAUCUCGUACGGCACGGUUAAGGACCCGAAUCACCCCAAUGAGAACCGACAUCUGCUGCAACUACCAGUGCUACGGCUCUUAUACAGCGGAGAAGCCAUGGUCGCCAUCUUCUUUGUCAUCUCUGGCUACGCCUUGUCGCUCAAGUCUUUGAAACUGAUCAGAAAGAAUUCCUAUGAACAGCUCAUGCGCACCCUUGCCUCUUCCAUAUUAAGACGUCCACUACGACUAUAUCUCCCUUGCAUUGUCUCAACUCUCAUCGUCUUCUUCGCCCUCCGUAUUGGCAUAUACGACGGCCCCAAUUCCAUCGCUGGACCAGAGGAUGUCUUCAGGUCGAUCUUCCUAGGAUGGGCUCACGACCCGCAACCACAGAUACUGCCGACCUUUGGCGAACAAGCAAGAGACUGGAUACAUGAGACGAUCAAUCUGUUCGAUAUGUUCACGCACAAGCAUUGGCCUGAGACCCGCUACGACGUUCAUGCGUGGUCCAUUCUACAAGAGUUCAAAUGCUCGAUGGUUCUAUUCCUGACCAUUGCCGGCUUGGCUCUCGUCCGCACUAGAGUGAGGAUGAUUCUUUUCGCCCUUUUCGCCGCGUUUGCUUUCCAAGCAGAUACCUGGGAGCUGAGUGCUUUCUGGAGCGGCGCCUUGAUCGCAGAAGCCAACCUCAUCCACCAGGAGAAGAAGGACAAUCGUGUCAGCGUUGACCCCUUCACUGAGGAAGAUUCGCGCAGCCAGUUGUCUGUCUGGCUCACCUACUGUGGUUUCGCUCUAAGUCUUUUCCUGCUCUCAUACCCAUUCCAAGAAGCAGAGUUUGCGCCCGGCUACUCCACUCUUUCGAAACUCGUUCCAUCAGGCUUGCGAGCCGAUGAAGGCUAUCGUUUCUGGCACUGUCUUGGCGCAAUGACUAUGAUCUAUGUCACUAGUCUUGACAGUCGACUUCAGUACCUUUUCAAUAACUCGUUGAGCCGCUACCUAGGAAACAUCUCCUUCGCCUUGUAUCUCGUCCACGGCUUUACAUUGAAGACCAUUGGCUAUGUCUCUGUAUACGGAUUCUGGCAGAUCACUGGCAAGGACACGCUCUUCCAAUACGAAUCGGGAUUCGUUCUAGGAGGCUUGAUCGUGAUCCCCGUGACCAUCUGGCUCGCCGACCUGUUCUGGAGGUUCGUCGACAUUCCCAUUGUGAGGUUCACGAGAUGGUUCGAG